GCCCUUCUCUAACCUUUACAAUUCUCCACCAUCAAAAAUUAAAAAUUUCCAUUCAAUAUCAUCUCUUUCUCAGCAUUUGUUUCUCUUUUCUUAUCAAGUUGCGGAGGCUCUUUUCUUGAAUUGCUAAUCCAAUUGUUUUGCCUUUUAUAUGAAACACGAAACAGGUAGCACCAUGGUUGCAGAGCGUAGAGGUCUUAACCGACCAAAGCUUGGUGCUUUCUUACACUCUGACCCUGCAAUCUUUCCCAACCAAGAAGAUGAUUACUCCAACUAUAAGACUGGUCCUAGUCCAGCCUCUCUUGCAAGCCCUAAAUAUUCUAAUAGCUGCACACCCACAAGUGGUGAGUCCUCUCCUUAUCCUAUGUCUCCGUGGAGCCAGCCGUCUCCUUAUGCUAAAUCUCCGUGGAUAAUACCAUCUCCGAUAAUCAACCAUAAUCUCAGUAAUAAUGGCCUUAUUGGAUCCAUUGUACGCGAAGAAGGUCAUGUGUAUUCGUUAGCUGCUUCUGGUGACUUGUUGUAUACGGGCUCAGACAGCAAGAACAUACGCGUAUGGAGGAAUUUGAAGGAGUUCGCGGGUUUCAAAUCCAAUAGUGGCUUAGUUAAGGCCAUUGUUAUAUCAGGGGACAAGAUUUUCACUGGUCAUCAAGAUGGGAAGAUCAGAAUCUGGAAGACAUCUCCCAAAAACCCUAGUGUCCAUAAACGAUUUGGAAGCUUACCCACUUUUAAAGAAUCCAUUAAAAAAUCCUUCAACCCCAACAACUACGUAGAAGUUCGUAGACACCGCAAUGUUCUACGCAUCAAGCAUUUCGACGCAGUGUCUUGCCUGAGUUUGAACCGAGAGCAAGGUUUAUUAUACUCAGGAUCCUGGGAUAAAACCUUGAAAGUAUGGCGGAUUUCAGACUACAAGUGCAUGGAAUCGAUCAAAGCACAUGACGACGCGAUAAAUUCAGUGGUGGCGGGGUUCGAUUCAUUGGUAUUUACAGGUUCGGCUGAUGGAACGGUGAAAGUAUGGAGGAGGGAGCUGGAAGGAAGAGGAACCAAGCAUUUCUUGGUGCAGAUACUGUUAAAAAGAGAAAACGCGGUGACCGCCCUGGCAGUAAAUCAAGAAUCCGCCAUGGUGUAUUGUGGUUCCUCUGACGGGCUGGUGAACUUUUGGGAACGUGAAAAGCACUUAUCGCACGGUGGGGUCCUCCGGGGUCACAAAACGGCUGUCCUGUGUUUAGCAACCGCCGGUAAUUUGGUGUUCAGUGGGUCCGCCGAUAAAAGCAUAUGUGCAUGGAGGAGAGAGUCAGGUGGGGUCCACAUAUGCUUGUCGGUUUUAACAGGUCAUAAUGGGCCAGUGAAGUGCUUGGCCGUGGCAGAGGAUCAAGAUUCCGACGAGGGAGAUCAACGGUGGAUAAUAUACAGCGGGAGCUUAGACAAAUCGGUUAGAGUGUGGCGCGUGUCUGAGGAUGCGUACCUGUACAAUUACCAAUCACCCAGGUCCCGGGCUAAGCGAUAUCUCACCGCCGACCACUAACAGAGGUCAUUAUCAACGUUAAAAACGCGAGGUGAAUGGACUUGAAGAUCACGCGGAGCCACAGGAACUGCAUGGUGGUGAAUAUGGAGCAGGACCGCCUCCGGAUUGCAAGAUUUUGCAACUUUGAAAUUGGGUUUCCUCAUGUCAGAAGCAAUGUGGACAUUUUCUGUGUCCUCUUAUUAUCGAAGUGUAUAAUUUGUCGGUUUUUGCACACUAAGCAAAAUUUAGAAUGAAGU